UUUCUAAAAAUCCUGUUUUUUUUUUUUUUUCCCCUCAAAAUCUCUUCUCAGUGGUUACUUCUCUCAUCAUAUCAUGGCUUCCUAAACAAUCCCACUCUUCUCUCUUCUUUAGAAGCAAAGCCACUUUAUGCAACACAGAUUCAUCAAUCAAUCAUGAGGUGCUUUCUACCAUGUUUUCGCUCUUCAAAACGUCGCAACCAAUUGCGUUCUAAGGAUGCAACUCCCACACAAACCCAUGUUGGGGAAGGAGCUGUUGAACCUCUUGCUCGACAGAAGACUGGUGUUGAAGAACUCAUCGAUUGCAUAGCAGAAUCAAAAAUUAAAAAUGAAGAGCAAUCAAAUAAUAACAGCGUUGAAACCAAGGAGGAGAGGGAAGGGGAAGCACUGAAGAUAGAUGAGAAGAAGGAUAACGAUGAAAGAGAUGAGAGAUUGCAUCAGGAGGAGUCUUCCGAGUCACUGUUCUCUCUGUCUGUUUGUUCCAGAAAAAAAGUUUCAGAUGCGGAAACAGUGGAGCCAGAAGUUAAUAGUCCAGUACAACUGGUAUUAUGCACAAGAGAGGUACUUGAAGCAUUUGGGUCAUCCCCAAAUGCACCACUUCAAAAAGCUUCGUCCGUUCUGAGUCCAGUAGAAGAAUUUACCCAUGAAAAUCCACCCAAGGAGAAGGACGAAGAGGAAGGAGAAGAAGGGAAAGUGAGUCACUCUAUUCUACAGUAUAGGUAUAGAGAUUGCCCAGAUGAGGAAUACGAUGAGGUUAAUUUAGAUACAAGUGAUUUGGAUUCUACGCUGGAAAAUGAGGAUCCUCAGAGUGAGAAGAGAGAAAAGGGGGAAGAAGGCGCUGCUUUUGUUAAACGGACAUGGGUUGAAGAAGAGUCUUCGGAAUCUCUGUUUUCUCUGUCUGCCGAUUCAAGACUACGAAUUUCAUCAGCUGAAGCAGAGAAUGAAGUGGACAGUCUAGUAGUGUCAGGCAAUGGUGCAAACCGCAUGACAGAAAAAGAAGAACAAGAUGCUUCCACAGUGGUGAAUCGAAUAGAGAAAGUUACGAAAGGAAGAGUGAAGAUGGAUAAAGAAAACAUGAAGGUGGUAGUGGAAGAUGGUAACAUAGCUGUUAGUCCAGAGCGUACUGUGAAGCUGUCAAAGCAGAAGGGUAGGCAAGAAAUUGGGGUAGAGACCAGCCUCUCGAGCUGGUUGGUUGAAUCGGAAAGCACGCCGGUUUCCAUUAAUAGUAACAGUUGUGUGGGAGAACAUACACCAAAAGGGAGAAGAGGUUCACCGUGGAGUCAUGAGGAUAGGCCAAUUUUGGGAGCAUUAACAGUUGAAGAGAUUAGGAUGUAUUCUUUAUCUGCAUCUUCGAGAAGGUCUAGAAGCCGGAGUCCGGACGAGACACCCAUUAUAGGUACUGUUGGAAGCUACUGGACUCACACACAACAGACCAUGGAUUUGCAAUUCAACACAAAACGGAAGGAUGUAACACCAAAGAGGAGUACAACGGCAUUACAAACAAGACUAGAAGGUGCAUUUGAUGCUAGUGUAUCAAUGGGUUCAACGGCGUGAUUUUUGUUUUAGCCCUGGAAGAAUAUUAAUGAGAAGCAUAGACCAUUUUUCUUUUCUUAGCUUGUUUUGAGAUCUUUGAUCAUUUGAUGCCCAGAUUUUUAUAUUGAAAUUCUUACUUUCGCCGUUGCUGCUGUGCGCAGAGGUUGUCUCAAUUCUUACUUUCGCUGUUCAGUAUAUAAAAUCAGGGUCUAGAAAGACAAAAAAAUUGUC